UCUGCAAAGUCAUGAUAAGUUUCGACCGCAAACCUCUGAUAUCUAAUCUGUUAACGUUGUGUCGCUCGCAGCUGUUUGGUACAUCAGCAGGUCUCUGUGCUCACUUGUAAGGCAACGACCUACUAGUCCCUGAACGUUUAUCAGCGGUCACUUUCUUUUCUACCACGAAGGAGGGAAAGAGGGAGACGGGAUAUCGCUGAAGCUGGUUUCUCCGUCUGUCGGGUCCGGAUCAUGAGUGCUUUAAUCAGUCUCCAGUAACCCACAGUCGUUUGUCUUUGCAUCAAUUUCAUCAAGUUGGUAAAGUGUGGAAACUGCGUCGCUGCAGCAUCGGUGAGACCCGACCAGUGAGCCUGAAAGUACGUGAUGUGAAUCCUGAACACAGCUUGGAGUGAUUUUUCUUUCUUUCUUUUUCCAACUCAACCAGAGCAUCGUCUGAAUUACCUCAGCCAUUCCUCAUUGACGUCCUCCAACUUUGACAUUUUUUGUUUUUUUGCAUUUAUUGAUUGAGAACAGAGAGACGUUAGUCUAUUUUUUUAUUUUUCUGACAAAUCGAAGUCGAAAUGGCGUCACUGUAUCAGAGAUUCACCGGCAAGAUCAACACAAACAAUUCCUUCCCCAACCCUCCAGAGGCGAGCCAUCUCCUGGGGCAAGGUGUCGUCGAGGGGGAGCGGGCGGUGGAGAGCCAGCGACCCCGGCUUCAGCAGCAGUACAGUCGGCACUGCGAGGACGAGGAUGAGCUGGUGGGCAGUAACCCUCCGCAGAGGAACUGGAAGGGAAUAGCGAUUGCCCUUCUUGUCAUUCUGGUCAUCUGCUCGCUGAUCGUCACCUCCGUCAUCCUGUUGACACCAGGCGAGGAUGACCGCCUGGCUCUCAAGGGCAAGGUGACUGUUGGAGACCUCUUUAGAAAAGACUUCAAGGUUCAUGACCCUAAUGCCAAAUGGAUAAGCAGUAAUGAGCUAUUGUACCGUAGUCGUGAUGGCGAUGUCAUCAAGUUCAAUGUCGACACUGAUGAAAAGACCGUCUUAGUGCAUAACAAGAAGUUUGAAAUGUACAAAGCAAGCAAGUAUGAGGUGUCUCCUGACAUGAAGCAUGUGCUGCUGGCCUACAACGUUGCACCGGUGUACCAGCAUUCUUACACGGCCUUCUACAUUAUCUGCAGUCUGGAGACUCCGGAGACGUGGAACUUGAACCCUCCAGAGGUGCGAAAUGCUCAGCUGCAGUACGCAGGCUGGGGACCCCAGGGUCAGCAACUGAUCUUCAUUUUUGAGAACAACAUCUACUAUCGUUCUACGGUGGAGAGCCGCUCCAUUCGUCUGGUGUCUACUGGCAAAGAGGGCGUCAUCUUCAAUGGGCUCAGUGAUUGGCUGUAUGAAGAGGAGAUUUUCCACUCCCAUAUUGCCCAUUGGUGGUCUCCAGAUGGUGCUCGGUUAGCAUACGCCACCAUCAAUGACACCCUGGUGCCCAGGAUGGAGCUGCCUAUGUUCACAGGCACACCCUACCCAUUGGGGAAAGAGUACCACUACCCUAAGGCCGGUGAGGAGAACCCAGUUAUCACUCUGUAUGUUGUGAACCUUAACGGUCCUCUUCAUACCAUCGAGAUGAGGAGACCCGAUGAUCCUAGGAUAGGUGAGUAUUAUGUGACCAUGGUGAAAUGGGCCACCACCACCAAACUGGCCAUCAACUGGCUGAACAGAGCCCAGAACAUCUCGAUACUCACACUGUGUGAGGCCACAACGGGAGUCUGCACAAAGAAACAUGAGGAUGAAAGUGAAGGAUGGCUGCACAGACAGAAUGAGAAGCCUCUGUUUUCCAAAGAUGGGCUGAAGCUGUUCUUCACCCGUGCCAUUCCUCAAGGAGGCAGGGGCAAGUUCUUCCACAUCUCCAUGUCCAUCUCCCAGCCCAACACCAGUACAGACACACUGCAGUCCAUCACAUCUGGAGACUGGGAUGUCACCCAAGUCCUGGCCUAUAAUGAGGACAGCCAAUUGAUAUACUUCUUGAGCACUGAGGAUGGUCCAAAGCGAAGACAUUUGUACAGUGCAGACACCUUUGGUUCAUUCAACCGUCGCUGUCUGUCAUGCGCCUUGUCCGACAGCUGUGGCUACAUCAGCGGCUCCUUUAGCCACAACAUGAGCUAUUUCCUGCUCAAUUGCGAAGGGCGGGAUAUCCCAUUUGUAGCCGUUUACAAGACACAGAGAGACGGAGAAAGUGAGACGCAAGACAGAGAGAGUAUUGCAGAAGUAUAUAAACUGGAGAGCAAUGAGAACCUGAGGCUGACCCUGGACUCCAUGCAGAUGCCCACAGUGGAGUACAAGGAGAUCAAUAUGGAUGACUACACCUUGUCGAUGCAGAUCCUCAAACCUGCCGGCUUCAUGGAAACAUCACACUAUCCACUGCUCCUGCUUGUCGACGGGACACCUGGUGGCCAGAUGGUGGCGGAGCAGUUUCACCUGGACUGGGCCACGGUGCUGGUGAGCAGCUUCGGUGCCAUCGUGGUGCGCUGUGACGGACGAGGCAGCGGCUUCCAGGGCACCAACCUGCUGCACCGGAUCCAGAAGAAGCUGGGCGUGUUCGAGGAACAGGAUCAGAAAGAUGCACUCAAUUUUAUUUUGAAAGAGCCCUACAUUGACAAAACCAGAGUUGGAGCUUUUGGAAAGGUGUAUGGAGGCUAUGUGACCAGCCUGUUGGUCAGCGGCGAGGAAUCCCCUGUAAAGUGUGGCGCUGUCCUCUCACCUAUCACCGACUUUGAAUUAUAUGCUUCUGCAUUUUCAGAGAGAUAUCUUGGGCUGCCUAAACCUGAUCCAAGGGCAUACACAAUGGCAAAUUUAGCACACAGAGCAUCUCAGUUCAUGGAUAAGAAGUUUCUUAUUAUCCAUCCAACAGCUGAUGAAAAAGUCCAUUUCCAACAUACGGCAAAAUUCAUCGCCCAGCUCAUCAAUGAAAAGGCCAACUACACCUUACAGAUCUACCCUGAUGAAGGCCACUUCAUUCACAGUGAAGCAACGAGGCAGCACCUCAGCCAGUCCCUGGUGAACUUCUUUGAAGAAUGCUUCAGGCUACCAGAAAUAGUGUUUGAGGAGGUGCUGGAGGAGGAGAGUGAAGACGAGGGUUAGCUCGGCCUCCCGAGGCCUGCCCCAAAUCCUUCCCACCCAUACGUUGCACCUACCUAACCACCUCCAUCCUGCCCCUGUGCCCAAGCACAACACUGGCAUACAGUUGUUCACAAUAUGCAACGCUCAUCUGUCCUUGCUCAAUUUGAUUUGGUUUGCAUUUGGACUCCCCAUGUCCGCAUGCUGAACCUGAGACUGCCUUUCCAGCAGACAACGAUCUACUCCUACAUCCAUCCUCCCAUCUUCUGCCCUGAGUUCAAACCCAAAAGGCCCUCCAGAGAGCCAACAAAGACUGAAGACCUGACAUGAUGUUUUGGAAUAUACUGAUUGAUUUAACAGGAAGCAGUCUCCUUCACAGUAGGAUGGACCAGCUCCUCAAGAGCAGUGGAGAGAAAGCAUCAGCUCUCCCACAGACUUUCAAGCUGUGAGGAGAAGGAACACCUUAUAGCACAUAACUCAUGAGCUUGUAUAUUAAUGAAAAUCAGACGCCUGGUGAAAACACUGGUUGGCAGUGUUCACAACGGGUGUCUGGAAUUGUGCAGAUACAGGAAAUGUUACUAUUUUUAAAGUUGUGAAGAACUUUCAUGUUGGACUGUGGUUGUGUCUAUUGUUCUUACAGUAUGUAAAAUAGCAGACAAACAUUCACUCGGCUAUUACGGAUAUAUUUUCUUUCGGUAUUCAUGUUUGCCCUGAUGUUGGUUUCAUCUUGUAGCCUCGUUUUGUGUAUUUCAGUGAUGCUGACAGAAUUCUCUACCAUGCAAAAUGUUUGGAAGAAAAAAAAAAGCCAUGGGUUUCUUGAUUUUGAGAGUUUUAUCAAAUGUUUUUAGCAUUAACUUGUUUUAGUCACUGUGCCUUACUUUGUCAGAAAACAUCCUGCUGUAGGAUUGCAUUUAUGAACUAGAAUGAGGCUAAUUUUAUAGGAAUAGUUUGACACUUUGGGAAGUCAGCUUAUUCACUUUAAGAUUGAUUCCACUCUAUAUCUGCCUGUUAAAUGUGAAGCUACAGUCACCAGCUAGUUAGCCUGGAUCUGUCCAAAGGUAGAAAAAUCUGCCACCUAGCUCCUCUGAGACUCACUAGUAGUGUGUUAUACUGUAACUUGUUUAAUCUGUGUAGAAACUACAAGUUUUGAUUUUAUAACCUGGACUAUUUCUUGGCCUGGAGUCUCCAGAGCCCGGCUAGCUCGUUUCCCCCUAAGCUAACCAUACCAUCUCCUGGAUUUAAAAGGCGGAUAUGACAGUGGUAUCAAUCUUUUCAUCUAACUCUCAGCAAUAGAGCGAAUAAGCAUAUUUCACAAAAUGGCAGCUAUUCUUUUAAAUCUAUAGCUUGAAAUACAUAAUUGUUAUAAGAGCUACUUUCAACACUUGAUUGAGAAACUGAAGAGAUUUUAAAGUUUCACACACAAAAUGCUCUGGAAAUAUGCCCAAUGACAUCAUUACACCAAGCUAAAAUGUACAGAAUCUGCAUGCAUCGUUGCUUAAGCAGUGUUUGUUACUGAAAGUGUUUACACUUGGCUUAAAUCAGUGAAUACAUUGUUUAAAGUUGAAGGCAGGAGGCCAUUAGCAUUAGUGUUUUACCCCGAGAAAUUAUGCAUUUGUAUAGGGGGAGGAUUGUCAUGUCUUCAUUGGACUCUGCAGCUAACACAAACGAAAUUAUGAAUUCUGAAGGCACAAGUAUAAUUUUCCAUUUUUUAUUUGAAUGGCCAUUUGUGUUACAUUUCAGUGCAUGUUAUUUGCAGCACUAUCCCUGAUAGCUCAGUUCCACAUAGUAAUUUUGACAUCUUGAAUGUUCCUAACUGGAUUGCAUAAACUACAUUUCCAGUAGUAUUGUGAUUGAGAGCCCAGUCUCGUCAGCUUGAUGUGUAAAUGUUAUUCAAAUAUCAUUUUAUUCAAAAAAAAAAAAAAAAGACAGAAAAAGAAACUAUUACGUGAGUGUUAUUUGUGCAUAAAGCAUUUUGGAAGUUA